AUGGAAGAUGUCGUUGCGACGCGCCGGAGUGUCGUGAGGGUAGUCCCUGGGCACAUGUACCCUGGGCCAUGUCCUUACGGCUUCGUGGUGCUUUUUUCGACGGCAGAGACCGUGGGUCGACACUUCCUCAAGGAGAUCUGGCAGGCGAUGCGCUUCGUGGGACUAAUUCCCCGACGGUUCUACUUGGAGAGCUUCGCGAAUGGUGUUAUCACUUACAGCCUCUUCUUCCCAACUGCCAGUGAUGACCAAGUCCAGAAGCUGAAGAGAACGAUUAUGCACGCCACGCUGCUAAAGGCCACACCUGGCCGGUCCGCCUUGCUUUAUAACAAGGUCAUGCAGUCAAGGAUUUCUCACGAAUGCGGUCUCUACCUUUUGGCAGCUGUGAAGUUCGUCUAUGCAUUCUUCCCGAAAGAGCAGUACUCCCGGGAGUACACUGGUGUCCACAAGGUCUUGGAGCAAAACCCUGCGGCCCAGAGAAAGCUGGAGACGCUGUACCGCCUUUGCAUGAAGGACUUGCUUUCCACCGAGCGAAUCUACCAGCUGAUUAGCCGACACCCAGCAUUGGCUGAGCAGUUCUAUACUGACUUCCGAAAGAUUGCAACAGGUGAGUCCGCUCCGAAUUUCAAUUCUGUGCUGGGCGCCUCUAUCGAUGCAGCCUGCAGCGAUCCGCAAGAUCGGCAGAUCUUACGGAUGUUCCUUACUUUCAACCACAGCGUCCGACUCACCAACUUCUUCAAGCCAGAGAUUCCUGGAGCUUUUGCAUUUCGUCUGGACCCAGCCAUAGUCCUGAAGGACCGCCCGGCUUCCCUCUAUCCCGAGAUUCCAUAUGGGAUUUAUAUGGUUUGCGGCCGAGAUUUCAUGGGCUUUCACACGCGAUUUCGGGAUGUUGCUAGGGGUGGCAUCCGCUUGGUCUUAUCCCGCGACGGGGCAGCUUAUGAGCGGAACUUUGCCACGUUGUUCGACGAAUGCUACAACCUCGCGUACACUCAGCAGAACAAAAACAAAGACAUUCCGGAAGGUGGAGCGAAGGGCGUUAUUCUACCAGAUUCAAACUGGUCUGGGGCGAAGGAUGUGGAUGGCAACGCGCUCAUGGGAAAUUCAUCGCAAAGCCCAGCAGCAAUGCGCUCCUGCUUCAUCAACUAUGUCAACGCAUUGCUGGAUUGCAUGCAGCCAGAACAAAACAACUUGUACAGUGGGCACAUGCAUGCGAAGAAGGAAAUUCUCUUCUUUGGGCCCGAUGAGAAUACAGCAGGGUUCAUGGACCUGGGUGCAGACAUUGCUCGAGAGCGGGGCUAUCCAUACUGGAAGUCACUCACCACCGGCAAGAGCGUUUCUUUAGGUGGAGUGCCGCACGAUACCUACGCCAUGACCACCACGAGUGUCCACACUUACGUGACAGAGCUUCUGCACCAGCUCGGCGAGGACGAGAGCCAAAUCACCAAGUUCCAAACAGGUGGCCCUGACGGCGAUUUAGGCUCCAAUGAAAUUUUGAUUUCCAAGGACAACACCGUUGCAAUCGUAGAUGGUUCUGGUGUUCUCUAUGAUCCGGCUGGUCUCAACCGCGUGGAGCUGCGGCACCUGGCAAAACAGCGUCUGCCUGUGAAGCAUUUCGAUCGUUCCUUGCUGAAGACUGGCGGCUUCCUUGUUGUCGUGGAUGAGAGUGAUGUUGUUCUGCCUGACGGAUCGAAGUACUUGACUGGCGCAGAGUUGCGAGACUCUUUCCACCUCACAACCUACGCAACAGCAGACCUUUUCGUUCCUUGCGGCGGCCGUCCCAACUCUAUCACCAGUGACAAUGUCAAGCGCAUGUUUACAGCAGACGGCUUGAAGCCAAAGUUUCGGCUUAUCGUCGAAGGUGCGAAUCUCUUCUUGUCUGAUGGGGCACGAGUAACUUUGGAGAAUGCUGGUGUCCAUGUCUUCAAGGACGCUUCUACCAACAAGGGCGGCGUCAACUCCUCGUCGCUGGAGGUAUUUGCAGCCCUUGCGCUGCCAGCAGAGGAUCAUUCAGCGCUGAUGUGCUUUGAUCCUCGCAAAGGACAAGCGCCGCAAUUUUACCAAGACUACGUGCAGCAGAUCAAGGAGAUCAUCAUCGAAAACGCCAAGCAGGAGUUCAAGGCUAUCUGGCAGUGUAGCAUCAAAGGCAUCAAGAAGGUGGAUGCCACCAAACUCAUCUCCAGCAAGAUCACGAAGAUGCAGGACACCAUCAUGGAAAAGUUCGAGGACAUGUCCAUUGCGGAGAGGGAGCAGCUCGUUCGGCGUGUGCUGACUAUAGCUAUCCCGCCCUUGAUGCUGCAGAAGCUUGGCAUUGAGGCGCUAUCACCGGGAUCCAAAACGACAUCGUGUGACUGUCGCAUUCUGGCGUUUGGGCAGAUUGCGCACCAAUUCGCUGGGAGAGGAUCUGUGCGGAAAGCUUACGAACUCGCUGCCUUUUGCUUGCUGCUCUCUAAGCACCCCGCAUACCUGCCAAAUGUGGAGGCUGUCUAUACUUCUCCGGAGGUGAAGAACUGCUUUGCCCAGACAGACAAGGUCAAUCUGAACCGCUACACUUUCCAGUCCUACGCGAAUGGCAAGUCUGCUCUUCGGGUGGCAGCAAGUGAGGCAUACCCUGCCGGCCCGCACCAGUGGCGCAAUGCCAAGAACCAGGAGCUGCCGUCGGUUCACCUGGAUCAGGAACCAUUUGGACCAGCCCUCAUGGUGAUCCACUAUGAAUCUUGUCCGUUUUCCAGGUGGCAGGACAAAUUCUGGGAGCUUGGCAACACAUCCCCAGACAAAAUCAGUCAGAUUCCAUUCCAGUUCUACCGCGAGUCCAUCAGUAGGAUGCAAGCCUGCAGGAGCAGCGGCCCUCAACACUCUAUGUCCCUGCUGGGCUGUGAUGAGGCGAAGCACGCUGCGUCGGUGAAUCACAAAG